GACUCGGGUAAACGUCCGGAGGAUUCAGCAUGAAGAAUCCACAACUCCUCCACACUAUAUGACUCCCUCAUUCCUCUCAGUCUCACGCCUGUAACCAUUUCCAUUACGAAAUGUCAAAAUCAAGUUUAUCAGAGCUAGUAGAUCAGCAUCGGCCUGACCUACAGCCUUUGGAGGAGCUGUACAAACAUCUCCAUCGCAACCCCGAGCUUUCCAACCAAGAAAUCGAAACAGCUGCUACUAUCGCCCAGCGACUUAAGGAAAUUGGUCCCGAUGAUUUGAUCAUCAAACCUCACAUUGGUGGCCAUGGUCUCGCUGCCGUUCUCCGCAACGGCGAUGGCCCCACUGUCUUACUUCGAGCAGACAUUGACGCUUUGCCGGUUGAAGAGACCACUGGACUCGAGUACGCCAGCACCAAGCGAAUGAUUCAUGCUGCGAGCGGAGUUGAGAAACCUGUUAUGCAUGCUUGCGGUCACGACAUGCACAUCGUGACGUUGCUGGGCGCUGCAGCGACACUUUUCUCGUCCCGGGAUCAUUGGGCUGGAACUCUGGUGCUGGCAUUUCAGCCAGCUGAAGAGCGAGGUACUGGCGCGCAAGCCAUGGUUGAUGAUGGUCUUUAUACGAAACAUGAAGUUCCCGUUCCAGAAUUCGUCUUGGGAGCGCAUGUCAGGCCGCUUCGUGCUGGUACGAUCGGUACACGAAGAGGACUCGUUGCAACAAGUGCGGACAACUACAAGGUCACCAUCCACGGCAAAGGUUCGCAUGCGAGUAUGCCUCAUACUGCCAUUGAUCCCAUCGCAAUUUCAGCAAAUGCUAUCCUGAAACUACAGACACUAGUCAGCCGCGAAGUUGACCCAGCUGAGUCGAGCGUGGUAACUGUCACGAGUAUUCACGCUGGUGACGCCGAGAACGUCAUCGCCGACUCCGCCGUUCUCGGCGUCGAUACUCGAUCUACUACCGUCGCAACCCGCGAGCGUCUUCUGAAGCGCAUAAAAACAGUCAUCGAAGCAGAAUGCUCAUGCGCCAAUGUCCUCAAAAGUCCAGAGUUUGAGCAAACCCGAGCUUUUCCUCUGACGAUCAACGAUGAAGCUAUUACCAAGAGAGUUGAAGAGUCAUUCGCGGCGCACUUUGGCGAAGGACCUAGGAAAUAUGAUAGGGAUAUGCCGAAACUGGCUUUUAGCGAGGACUUUUCCAUCUUGGCUACUGCUGUUGAUAAGCCAUACUGCUUUUUCAUGUAUGGUUGUGUUGAUGGUGAGGUAUGGGAUAAGGCUGAGAAGGAUGGGACUGUUGCGCAGAGUAUUGCUGCGAAUCAUUCUUCCAAGUUCGCUCCGGUUAUUCAACCAACGCUCAAGACUGGGCUAGAUGGAUAUGCAUUGGGUGCUCUCACAUUUUUAGCAAAAGUGCAAUAG